AUGUAAAUUAAUCUUAUAAAAAAAUUUCAAAUGAAAGGAUCAUAACGAUUGUAACUUCACAGUAGAGCUUAAUCCCAAGGAAAUAUAAAAUAAGCUUACAACUAAAUAGCAUAAGAAAGAGAGUUAAAUAGCAGAAAUAGGCAACUAAGAAAUAAACUUAGAGAUGAUUUCCACUAGCCAGUGGAGAGCACAUAGUCAAUUACUCCUUAAUAAUCAUUUUCGUCUGGGUUUUUUAACAAUUCAUAAUCUUAUUUUUCAAAUAAUUCUUCUCCUUAAAUAAAAAAAAUUGGACUUAACUUUAAAGUUAAUCGAAGUAAUGAAAUAGAGGAAAUUAUACAGUAAAAGCUAACUAUGUUGAGAAACACUAAUGCAAAAUCUUUUUAUGAGUCUAAUUAAUCUAAAGAUGCAAAUGGAGGUUUGAUUCUUAAUAGCACUUUUGUUGCUACUCCAUUAAAUAAUCAGCUCAAAACAACAGACUAUUUUGCAAAAAACAUUGUCUCUAAUUAAAUCGUUUUUAAAUAAUUUUCAUCAUUCAAAAACAAAAGCGCUUUAAGAGAAAUGAGUGAAAAAUCUUUGCUGCAAUAAAAGCUUCUCAAUGAGAGUAAUGAAAAAAUCAAUUAGCAGUAACAAGCUCAGAAUAUUGAAAAAUUUGUCAAAGAUUUGUUUAAACCUGAUUCAUAGUAAUUCUAACAAGCAUAAGAUACAAAGAACAAAAUAAAAUUGGAACCUAGAGAUGACAAAUCAAAUACUUUUAAAUUUUACAAUUACGAGCAAGCUUACAGGACAAAUACUCCUAAAAAAAAGGAUUUUUUUGUAACAAAAGUAAGCAAUUAGUAAUUUUCCUCAAAUAAUUACUCUACGAUUCUCAAAGAUAAAUAUUAAAAAUUCGAACAAGAUCAUAGGUAAUUAAGGAACAAGUUCAGUUAAUUAUAGAUAUCACCUAAUUCUACUGCUCUUUAAAAGAGCUCUGAAUUAAAUGUAAGUAAAUACAACGAAAGUGUAGAUACUAAUUAAGCUAAAGACAAUAAUUGCAGGAAAAAUAGCUCUGAUUUAGAAAUGAUAUAGCUGGUGAUACCAUCAUUUAAUAAAAUAAACGAUGCUGCUAGAGCAAAAAUUCAUACUGCAUUUAAAAAAACAGGAGAAAUCGAUAAAAAUAAUUACUUAAAUUUUAAAAACUCAUCACCUAAAAAUUAAAAAAUUAAUGAAUUGCAAAAGCAAAAUGAACUUUAAUAAACACAAAGCGGAUUAUCGUAAUAUAAAUCUCAAAAAAGUUAAAGUUUAGAAAUUGAAAGAUUGCCAUCUUAAGUUUAGAAACAAAGAAUAAAAGUAGUUGAUAAAUAAAAAUUGAGUUUCUUCGUUUUGCUAAUAUUUAUUGAUAAUCUCAGCAAUGUUAAAAGGAAAAACAAUCUAAAAUACAAAAUUUAUUAAAUUCCUUAUAUAUAUAGUUAAAUUCCUUAAAAAUAAAUUGAAGAUGACUUUGAAGAUAUGAAAUGCACUUUGAAAAAAUUGCUUGGUUUAAACAUGAAAUACUUAUAUUUUUUCAAAUAAAACGGAACGCCACUAUCUACACAUUUAAAUUUUUAAUAUGUUGACUAUAACAACGAAGCUAUUUUUUUUGGGUCUUAAGGAGUAUUUUAAGGCAUUUAAAAUAUAUUCUGUUCUUAAGAAACACAAAAAAACCUAUAAAAUUCUAUUUAAAGUCUUUUAGAUAAGGUUAAGUUGCUCAAUAAAAAUUAUGUUUUUUAAAAUCAAGUAAAUAAUAUUAAUUAAGACUAAAUAGAAGAAAACAGUAAUUUUGGAAAUCAAAAUGAUUUAAGCAAGUAUAAGAUAUUAACUCGAGAGUAGCUAUCUUAAAUGAGAAAUAGAAGACAUGUUGAUAAAAUAGCAUCUACUUUAAUGCACAACCCAAAUGCAAUUAUCAAAGAAUAUCAUCCUAAUAGAAAACAAGAGCUCAAAUUUUAAAACAUUGAAAAUAAUUAUCAAAAUUAAAUUAACUAAAUCAAAAAAAUUAUCACAGAAUAACCUAAUGAAUUCGAAAUACCUGCUGAUAAAUUGCAAAUAAAAAAUCUCAGGGAAAUUGCUAAGUACGUUGAUACCUUUUUGGAAGAUGUGGAAAAUAAUAAAAUUUCAAAAGAAUAAAAAAAAUUAUAAAAAGAAAAAGAUCUUCUCGCCUAAGAAUAUCAUGGCUUAGAUGAUCUUUGGAGCAGCUAAAAGGAAUCUAAGAAAACUAAUUACAUUCAAUAAAAUAUAGAAAAAUUCCAUAAUAAAAGCACACUUAUGAGAGAGCUUUUAAAUUAAAAUAGGGAACUAUUUAUACAAAAUAUCCCUAAGCUACUCAACAAAUACGAGUUAUCAAGGCAUGACCUCCACAGUAUUUAUAUCUUAUAUAAAGCUCUGUUGAGUGUAUCCAUUUAAAGAAUAGGCUAUAAAGAAGUUUUUGAAAAAGGUAUUGAUUUUAAAACUUUUGAAUUAGGAGUAGAUCGUCUAUCUUCUUAAGCUGAAGAAAUUAUUUAAAGAAUGUGUAGUUAUAAAUCCUUUAUCAACUGGUAAUCCUUCUUAUAAAUACUCAGUAGUAUUUAGGGCAAAGACUUAGAAAGUAAAAUCAACAUAUUCAUUAGGGUUUGUGAUGCAGAUAAAAGUGGAAACCUAUCUAGAAUAGAAAUAGAAGAACUUUGCAGAAUAUGUUUGUAGAAAUUUUUAGUUGCUGGCCAGGAUAAUAUUUUAGAUUAGUUGGUAGAAUACUUUACAAGAUUGCUCUUCACUAGUCUAAAUGUUGACUUAGAAAAAGAAAUUCCACUUGAUAAAAUAAAAUAAGCUAUAAUUUAAGGACAUCCGGAAAGUGAUUUACUUUGCUUCUUUUGCGGAAUAAACUGA